AUGUCACAAGAGCUGCUGUCCUACAAAAUCAAAGGUCUUAAAUUGCGCAGAAUCAACGAACUUAAUGAUAAGUUACGCGAUGAGCUUGGCCGUGAGAGAAUCACUGCUUCGAAUGCCUGUCUCGCUAUUUCGAACUAUGUUUCCACUCAUAGAGACUAUACUCUGCCCGAGAUAUGGGGAUAUCCCCCGCCCGGUUCAAACCAUUUCGCUGAUGCAACAAAUAAAAAACGUCGUUCUCUUCAGGAAACCGGUCAAUCCACUUCCAAUGCGUGUUGUACCAUCAUGUGA